AUGGCAUCAUCAGCGUUGAAUUAUGCAGCCCAACUCCGUCGUAACGACAAUAAGGGCCCAUGCGGCGGUGCCCAACUGUUUGAUACCCCUGCUGAGGUAUCCCGGAAGUUCAAAAAGCUAUCCGCCCUCCUCAGCGAUUCCAAAUAUACUUUAUUGCACACAGGCGCGGGGAUUUCGACAGCAGCAGGUAUACCCGACUUUCGUGGACCUUCCGGUGUAUGGACUGUCAUGAGCCAGGAGAACGGCGGGGAUGGCAAACGCCGCAAGAUGACGGAUGGGGACUGCACGGCCAAGAGCACCGGAGACGUACCGGUGGAAUAUGGACACAAUAAACUGGAGCCGGUUGAAUUUUCGCAGGCUAUGCCCUCCCAGGCUCACCUGGCUAUCCUGGCACUUUUGCGUGCAGGGCACGUUCAAGCCGUGAUAACGCAGAACAUCGAUGGCCUGCACGCAAUUAGUGGCAUGCGUUUUUCCGAAUGUUCCGAGCUACAUGGAAACGUGUUCGUCGAACGAUGUGUUUCGUGUGGCCGCCGUUUCCUGCGCUCGUACGUGGCUCCAACUAUCAGCUUCAAGCCGACUGGCAACCAUUGCGGCAUAUGCCACUUCCCACCUUGUGGAGUGCUAACCGACGUGGUCCUGGAUUGGUUCGACCGUUACGAGGAUCACUUCGAGAAGCGCGCUAUAGCUUACGCUGAGGAAGCCGAUGUGCACCUCGCAUUAGGCUCGUCGCUGCACGUGGAACCUGCAUGCCACUACGCGUCUUCCGAACACUACCGCAAGGAAGACGCCUCGCUGGUUAUCGUGAAUUACCAGAAAACGCGUUUGCAUGGUGAAGCAGAUAUUGUCCUGCACUGCGACGUAAACAAGAUUUGCAUGAGGCUGUUGAAGAGUCUGAAAUUGACGUUACCCAAUUUUCUGCGGCGUUUCUAUAUGGUGGCUUUGCAUUACAGGUCUGGCAGCUACAACAAGUUGCUUUUGCGUUUCCCGUGUAUUGUCAGCAUUUUGGUCAGCGACGAGUAUGCUUCGCUCAGCGGCGUGUCGCACCGUUGCGUCAAUAGGCUUCAGGGAUUGCACGAAUUCACGUUUAACGGCGAUUUCGAGGCUAGCAUAAAAUUGUGGUUUGAUGCCGAAAUGGUUUUGAGGGUCCGUUAUUCGCCUGAUUGCUCAUUUUCCGGUCUGGUGUGGCAACUUUGCCUUGCAGCAACGGACGGCGUUUUAGCACACCGCAAGAACACCCCGAUUAUUCACGAGUUCGGUGAUGCAGGUGGGGAUGGUUGCACAAAGGUUUCUAGGUUGACAUUGUCCUACAAUGCCGCCAUGAUCGCAAAAUCUGAUGCAUGCCGUGUCAUCGCCAAACUGUGUCAUGAGGAUGAAACAAUUCCCGGCUUCAAACAGCGAGCCAUGCCGGAAUCAAUCUCGAGACUGCUAACGUGUUUCUUCUGGCUCUCCAAUUCCGAUGAUGGACCAUUCGCAAUAUUAGCUGACAUUAAAGAGGACGGCGAUUGGUUAGAGGAGUUUGAACCGAUUGAUCACUUUGAUCUGCUGCCCGAGGUAAUGCGUGUGUGCGUUCGCCUUGCUCUCCUGCGCCAGCUGGGAACCGUAUGCAAAAACCAGUUUUGCAUAGACAUAAAAGCGCUGAACGCUGCACGGAGUGAGUCUCACCCACUGGAUGUGUAUUUUGCGGCUAGCAAAAUACGACUGCUUUGUUCGUCGGAUCACGAGUUCGGAGAACUACUAGAUGUAAUGCCGGGAGAAAUGCGCAUGUGUCUACCUAGGCGUAUUAGGCCCAUUGCUUCGUGUCGGGCGUCAUCAUUCAAUCCUCUAAACGAACUCUUCCUUACAGUGCUGAAGCACAGCACGGAAGCUAUAAUGAAGCGCCAGUCGACGACCGCGGCAGACGUAAAGUUCGUCAAGACAACAAAAGCCGAAUUCCCCGUAUGGGUUAGCUGCUAUAUCAGCUGUUUGUUCGAGUCUCGCUGA